CUUUCUGAAAUGGGUGAUGUUCGUGCUCAGAUGACACCAGAAACUCCAGGACGUACAACAGUUCUUAACCCUUUCGAGAGUCCAAAUGACUAUUGCAGCUUAAAUGAGCCUUUUGUUUCCAGUCCAUCAAUGUUCAAACCAGCAAAGUCUUCAGCUACUCCACAUCAGUUUAGAUGGUCAAUUGAUCAGCUUGCUGCUAUAUAUCCUGUUGAGAUUGAUCCUGAAGAUAUACAUCGCCAGGCUUUAUAUUUGAGCCAUACCAAGCUGGAUAAGGAAACGGAAGACAGAAGACAAAAGGCUAUUGAAGAGUUUUUUACAAAAAGGGUAAUUGUUCCUUCACCAUGGACCCAACAUGAAGGGAAACAAGCGACACCAUUUCAUUCAACAAAAUGUAGUGAUGUUCUCAAUUAUGAAUCCCCUCUUGGGCGAGAACAAACUGUAGCCACUGGAAAGAGUACAGUUGCAUGUCAGACACAGCUGUCAUUACCAGUUGAUUUCAAUCUGGAACGAAUACUAGGCGAGUACUUUAAAACAGAAGAGCAUGCAGAUCAGUCUCAGGAAAGCUUAAGCUCCUCUUCACUUCGAAGAAAGCUGUUUUUGGAUGGACAAGUCAGUGGAUCAGAGUGUUCUUCUCCCUCCUCUCCGCCACCAGGCACCUAUGAUGCUCCCCCAGCACCUCUAGGAGUUCUCUGCUCCAUAGAUCUGUCUCCGGUCAGAUGCAGAAGCCCUAUGCAAACUCCCAGUUCGGGACAGUUUUCUUCAAGUCCAAUUCAAGGUGGACGAAGAGCUUACAGUAUUGGGAGUAUAGCAAGCCCUACGUUCUUUGAAAAGUCACCUCCCAGAGAUUUGUCACCAACCUUCUCCCCUAUAUCAACGUAUAAAGGGAAGACCCCAAUGGCUGAACAGAAGAAGCUAUCAUUUCCUUCCCCAGACACCCUCUCUGCUUCAAAUUCCAUGGUCAAUUCAUGUUCCAGAAGCCCUUUAAUAGAAGGGUGCUCUCCAAUCAAGAGCGUGUUUGACAGUGGUUCCCAUACUUGCAGGGACAGUGCACAGUACCGGACUGUUAUACCAUUCUCCAUUGAACAUCUGGAGGAAGACAAAGAAAACUCCCAUCCUGCACAAGUCUCAUCACCUGAUGGCAGUAUUGUUCUACAGUUACAUAACCUAGAUACUUCUUUCCCUGAUGCGCACGCCAUGAACCAACUGAGCACUGUACAAUCGGGAAUAUUUAAAGAAACUGCAGAUAACUUGAAAGACAAUGAUACUGUAGAAAUGGUGGAUCCUGUGGAACUUGAAGAUGAUCACAUGUGGGUUAAAGUUGCUACAGUAACAGACAACACUCCAGUGACUAGUUUUAUGACUGGAAAUACAUUUAGUGUUGAAACCUCUCACAUGUGCAUGUCGCCUUUAGCGGAGAGCAGUGUCAUUCCUUGUGACAGCAGCAGCAUUCAGGUGGACAGUGGCUAUACUACACAAACUUGUGGAUCCAGUUUAAUGGAUGGAAUUGGUGGAGAAGGAGUGUACAAAGAAAAUGAUGUACAGUUUUCUGAAAUUCAGAAUGCAUCUCAGCAUGUCAAACCAAAGGAUUUUUCAGCAUUGGAACUUCGGGGGUAUAAACUACCAGAAGCUGAGUCUCCAGAAUCGGUGUAUCCCCAUCAUAAAAUGCACCCAGCUCUUCACUCUGGAACCUGGAAACUCAGCAGUGAUCCUUUUAUCACCGCUUUACAGAGAGAGGAUGCAUUCUUCUAUUUCAGUGGCUCAGAUUCCUCCAGCAAUGCUACAAGUGCAUUGAUCGAGGAAUCCCCGCAGUUUCUUUUGUAG